AUGAGGAUUGGAGAGCGCAUCGGGAAACCCCUGAGAGUGGAUCAUGCGACCAGUUCGGGCGCACGUAGCGAUUAUGCUCGUGUCUGCGUUCAAGUUGAUAUUACUAAGCCCCUGCUAUCACAGUUUACUAUUCAUGGGAAGACUUACUUCGUACAGUACGAAGGCUUGGAAAAAAUUUGCCUGAAGUGUGGUACGUACUUUGAGCGUGCCCGGUGCUACUGCACGGUGCCAACAGAAGAGAUGGAAACUGAGGAGACAUCGAAAACUCCCCAGGUGGAAGUGCCCAAAGAGCCCGAACCCUUGUAUGGUGAAUGGAUGAUUGCUAAGAAGAAACCGCGAACGAGAAAGCCUAAUGCUGAAGCUACAAAGGGAAGUCAGGAGAGGAGGACGGACAAGGGACAGGGGCCGAGGAGCAGAGGGGGGUCUCGUUUUGAUGUGCUAGAGGUUGAAGAAACAGAAGGCAAUGAAGCCGGGCUAUCCCAAGUAGCUCAAACCACCAAGGUGAGCGCUCGAAGCAAGAACAAGGAGGGAGGAAAGGACAACGGGAAGAACAAGGAGACUAUGCCACAGUACCAAAAUGCCUCACCUAUGCCCAAGGAUACCAGAAUGGACUCUGCAACCGUGAACCGUCCAGAAGCGAGCUGCCGAAGUCAGGGCUCCCCCAGUUCCAUACCCGCAACCGCGUCACCUGCUGGCGCUACCCCUAUGCUUGGUCAAGAUGGCUAUGAUAAGAGCAUGGAAGUGGGGGGUCUUGUGCGAGAGAUGCAACAUGAUGAUAGGGGAGGGGAGCCUCAGGAGGAACCGCCAGACCCUCGGAACCCACCGUCCCCGCCCGAACAACAACAGAACGUGGGGAAGGGCAAUUCACUGGGUAGUCCUAAUGAGAAUGAAGGGGGAGGCCUCAGCGAUGAGGCACCCCCGCUCUGA